GUCUCUUUCUUCUACCCGAGCGGACGGACGAACACUCAAAAGCUUUGCCUGAGAUCUUCUCACUUAGAGAUCCUUGAGAAAUCGCAACAAUGUCGGAAAAGGCCGUCACCAUCCGAACCAGGAAGUUCAUGACCAACAGACUUCUCUCAAGGAAGCAGUUCGUUAUUGAUGUUCUUCACCCCGGAAGAGCCAAUGUUUCAAAGGCUGAGCUGAAGGAGAAGCUAGCAAGGAUGUACGAGGUCAAGGACCCAAAUGCAAUCUUUGUUUUCAAAUUCAGAACCCACUUUGGAGGUGGUAAAUCAUCCGGCUUUGGUUUGAUCUAUGACACUGUUGAGAGUGCCAAGAAGUUCGAACCCAAAUACAGACUGAUCAGGAACGGUCUUGACACUAAGAUUGAGAGAUCAAGGAAACAAAUGAAGGAAAGGAAGAACAGAGCUAAGAAGAUCCGUGGUGUUAAGAAGACAAAGGCUGGUGAUCCCAAGAAGAAGUGAGAUCCUCAAGACAGAAUCUUCAUCUUGUGGGUUGUCGUUGAUCUGCAAUGUCACCUUUUUAUGGUAUUUGUCUGCUGUUAGAUCGUUUCUCCAACUAGACGUCUUUCGGUUUAUUUUGUUUCUGUCAACUUUUGUUUUGAGUUUAGUGAAACAUAUAUGAUCUAAGGUUUUGUUCAAUACAUCUUCUUAUUCAAACUCUUUCUUGUCUAUUUCCACCAUUUUGAUUGCAAAUGUGAGUCUCUGGCCGUUGUUGAA